AUGGAUAAAGUAACAAUUUUGGAACAGGAGAUUGCUAAUCUCCGUAAAGUUUUGAGAGAGAAAGAAAUGGAAUUGUACGAGUUAAAAAAAGGAUGUGAGUUGGGAUUGCACACACAACUAGACGCUGUAAAUGAUCAGAGAUACUUGAAUAACUCUCAUAACACACAUUAUGGUGACCGUUUGCCGAGGUGGGCAAUAGAAAGGUACAGUCGACAAAUUCUACUUUCUGACAUAGGUGUCGUCGGGCAAGAGAAGCUAUGCGCAGCUAGAGUAUUAAUAGUCGGAGCUGGCGGACUUGGCUGUCCAGCUGCCGUGUACCUAGCAGGAGCAGGCGUAGGUGAAAUAGGCAUAGUGGAUUACGAUGAGGUUGAAAUUACAAAUAUACACAGACAGAUCUUACAUACUGAGAGAGAUGAGAAUGUUAGCAAAGCCGAGUCCGCUGCGCAGAAGCUGAGAAGUAUCAAUUCCCACAUCAAAGUGACGCCUUACAAUAUCCAAUUGGAUUCCACUAACGCUGUAGACAUCGCUGCCAACUAUGACUUGAUACUGGAUUGCACGGAUAACGUACCCACUAGGUACUUGUUAAAU